GGGGAAAAAGAAAAGAGGAAAGAAAAAGAAAAAGAAAAAAAGGUAACACCUUCGGGCAGCUAACGCCUGCUGAGUCCGGUUUCCGGUGGGUCGGCAUCUAUUCAUCUUCAGAGAAGUGGAUCCCCGACGUCUGAACUGCAAUUGCCGGGAAUUUGAAAGCAUCGAACAUGUUCUCACAGUUCGGAGCGACGGCGGACUCACUGAGCAAAGCCUCAACGUUGGCGUUCCGGAUCGGCACGGAUGCUCACCUCUACGACGAUCCUGAAGACGUCAACAUUGCCCCGCUCCUCGACAGCAAGUUCGACUCCGAGAAGUGCGAAGCUCUCAAGAGAUUGCUUGCUCUCAUUGCUCAAGGUUUUGAUGUCUCAAAUUUCUUCCCCCAGGUGGUGAAAAAUGUGGCUUCACAAUCAUUGGAAGUCAAGAAGCUGGUUUACUUGUAUCUACUGCAUUAUGCUGAGAAGCGGCCAAAUGAGGCAUUGCUCUCAAUAAACUGUUUCCAGAAGGAUUUGGGGGAUCAAAACCCAUUGGUAAGGGCAUGGGCACUCCGUACAAUGGCAGGAAUCCGUUUACAUGUGAUUGCACCACUUGUUUUGGUGGCAAUAGGGAAGUGUGCUAGAGAUCCAUCAGUAUAUGUUAGAAAAUGUGCUGCAAAUGCACUCCCAAAGUUGCAUGAUUUGCGGUUAGAAGAAAAUGUAAAUGCAAUUGAAGAGAUUGUGGGUAUACUGCUGAAUGAUAGUUCUCCUGCAAUAGUUGGAGCAGCUGCUGCAGCAUUUGCUUCUGUUUGUCCAAACAAUCUCUUCUUGAUUGGGAGAAACUACAGAAAGUUGUGUGAAACUCUUCCUGAUGUGGAAGAAUGGGGUCAAAUUGUUUUGAUAGGAAUCCUUUUGCGAUAUGCUAUUGCUCAACAUGGGCUUGUUAAAGAGUCCAUAAUGAUAGCUUCCUGCUCCUCUAAGAACUAUAAUUCUGAAAAAGAGAGAUCAGACACCUCUUUUACAAUGAAAGAGGGCACUGAUGACUCAGGAAAUGAGGUUCAUGAAUCUGAGAUGGCAAAUAUGGUUUCUAGGAGUUAUCUCGAGGGACCAGACAAAUAUUUGUCUAGAUCAAGUUCUGAGAAGGCUAGCUCUGAAUGGGAUCCUUCAUGUUUCACAUCUGCCAAAGGUAAUGAUGAUGUGAAGCUCCUGCUGCAAUGUACUUCACCUCUGCUGUGGAGUCGAAAUAGUGCAGUAGUACUUGCUGCUGCUGGGAUUCACUGGAUUAUGGCACCAAAAGGAGAACUUAGAAGAAUUGUUAAACCUUUGUUGUUUCUCCUGAGAUCAUCUAGUGCCUCUAGAUAUGUGGUCCUCUGCAACAUUCAAGUGUUUGCUAAAGCAAUGCCAUCUCUCUUUGUUUCACAUUUUGAAGACUUCUUCAUAAGUGCUACUGAUUCAUAUCAAAUAAAAGCUCUGAAACUCGAGAUACUAUCUUUGAUUGCUACAGAAUCAUCAAUUCCGCCAAUAUUUCAAGAGUUCCAGGAUUAUGCUAGAGAUAUAGACAGGAGAUUCGCUGCAGAUACUGUUGCUGCAAUUGGUCUAUGUGCUCAACGACUUCCCAGUGUAGCCAACAUAUGUUUGGAGGGGCUACUAGCAUUGGUUUCAUCAGAAAUUUCAAAUCUUGACAUUGCAUCUAUGGAAGGAGAAGAAGUUAUUUUGAUUCAAGCAAUAAAUUCCAUCAAGACCAUCAUAAAGCUGAAUCCUUCUUCUCACGAGAAGGUAAUUGUUCAUUUGGCUCGAAUUUUGGAUUCUAUCCGGGUUCCAAAAGCACGGGCAAUGAUCAUAUGGAUGGUUGGAGAGUAUAACACCGCUGGGCAUAUCAUCCCAAUGAUUUUACCCACAGUUCUCAAGUAUCUUGCUUGGUGCUUUACUUCAGAAGCUCUUGAAACAAAGAUGCAGAUUCUUAAUGCUUGUGUCAAGGUAGUAUUGUGUGCAAAAGGGGAAGAUAUUUUGAGCUUCAGAAGAAUCUUAAACUAUGUUCUUGAACUAGCCAAAUGUGACUUGAGCUAUGAUCUCCGUGACCGUGCACGCUUCAUAGUGAAACUCUUCUGUAGCACUGACAUAGAAGAAGCAAAUGACCAGUCAGAAACUAAGAGCCCUUUGCAUUUACUUAUUGAACGGUUAUUUGUGGAACAGACAAAAUUACCAGCUGGAGAACCCUUAAGUUGUCAGGUUUAUCUUCCUGGAUCUCUCUCACAUAUGGUUCUUCAUGCAGCUCCCGGAUAUGAACCUCUUCCACAGCCUCAUAGUUUAAAUUACACUGGCACCAGUUAUCCAUCUCAUGUUGUACAAGGAAUGGAGAAUCAAGAGGAUGGAGCUACUGAGAGUGAUUCAUAUGAUGCAGAUGAUCCUGAUUCGGUAUCUGGAUCUUUAGAUGAGGAAAUUGUAUCAGGUUAUAGUUCUCAGGAUUCUCCAACUAGUGCAAGUGGCAAUGGGGCAAGUCAAUUGAGUGAUCAUGAUGACAAUACUGAUCCAUUGAUUCACCUUUCAGAUUCUGGUAAUGCCCAUAGAAAUGAAAUAGGUGGCUCAACAGAGGGUAAAGCCUGUUCUAGUUCCAAUGAAAUUAGUGAACUGUUGUCCAACAGAGCUCUGGAAUCAUGGUUGGAUGAACAUCCAGCUUCUGCUCAGAAUUCAUCUGACAUAAGUUAUGUCCGGCGAUCAUUUGCAAGAAUUUCCAUUGGCGAUAUAGGUAGCAGAGUUAAACCUAAAUCCUAUACCUUGUUAGAUCCUGCUAAUGGAAGUGGCUUGAGUGUUGAUUAUAUAUUUUCAUCUGAGGUUUCAAGCACAUCUCAGCUACUUGUCUGUGUUGAGGUCUGCUUCAAGAAUUGUUCAACAGAGCCCAUGUCAAAUUUAUUGUUGGUCGAAGAGGGAUCUAAUGAAACUACAGAACCUUCAGAUCAAACAGUAACAUCUAGUUCCCCAAACUCUCAGACUAAGGUGCCCUCUCUAGUUCCUAUGGACGAGAUUGCUGCCCUGGAGCCUGGUGAGACCUCACAGAGGACCCUCCAGGUCCAUUUCCACCAUCACCUGUUGCCUCUUAAGCUCAUUUUAUUGUGUAAUGGCAAGAAGCACCCAGUGAAGUUGAGACCUGAUAUUGGAUAUUUUGUAAGACCUCUUCCAAUGGACGUUGAACUAUUCUCGAGCAAGGAAUCUCAGCUACCUGGAAUGUUUGAGUAUGUAAGAAGAUGCUCAUUCACUGACCACGUCGAAGAGCUUAGCAAAGUUGACCCAGCCACGACAGACAGCUUCCUUGUAAUAUGCCAGGAUUUGGCUUCAAAGGUUCUUAGUAAUGCAAACCUUUUUCUCGUGUCCGUUGACAUGCCUGUCGGUAACAACCUAGAUGAUGCAUCAGGGUUACGGUUAAGAUUCAGCAGUGAAAUUUUGAGCAACUCUAUCCCCUGCUUGCUUACUAUCACUGUUGAAGGUAAAUGUUCCGAACCACUGACAUUGUCAGUUAAAGUCAAUUGUGAAGAAACCGUGUUUGGCCUGAAUCUGUUGAACCGGGUGGUGAAUUUUUUAACCGAACCUGCUAGAUCUUGAAACCUAGUUAUAAGCUCUAAGAUUGAGAAAACCAAUCACAACUAUCCCUAGACUCCAUUAUAAUUCAACCAUGUACAUUUGAUAUAGGCGUUUUCUUGUUCUUUUUACUGGCGCUCUCUCCAUUUUCUUUCCACACAUUUGCUUUAUUGGAUGGCUCAGAUACCCCAUCGAACCCAAUGCUUGAAUCUUUGUUGUAAACUUGUUUUGUCUUACCAUUUUAUUUGUAUAAAUGUUGUUGAGCUCUUGUCUUUA